AUGAAUAGUAUAAAUUUUGAGGAAAGAGGUGGUGGUACCACUACUGAGAAUCACGAUGAUCUUUGUUAUCUCGAGAAGAUCAAUGAACAAUCGAUUCUCGACAACAUGCAACAUCGAUUCAAUUCAGGUCAGAUCUACACUAGAAUUGGUGAGCAAAUCAUCAGUAUCAAUCCAUUCAACAAUAAGCAUGUCACAGAGCAAAAGGAUCAGCGUCUAAAACAAACCUACAGAAACAAGUAUAUGUAUGAAAUGUCACCACAUAUCUACCAACUCGCUGAGGAUACCUACAAGAAGAUGUUACAAACCGGUACCAAUCAGUGUAUCAUUAUAACCGGUGAAUCUGGUUCUGGAAAGACUGAAGCAUCUAAAAUUGUAAUGGAUUAUAUCUCUCAUUAUCAUCCACAAUCAUCAUCAUCUACUUCUUCUACUCCUUCUUCCUCAACAACACCAAAUAGACAAAGAUAUAAUAGAAAUAAUAAUCAUAAUCAUAAUAAUCAAAAUUCAACAACAAGUAUAAUGAAACGUAUUUUAGAUUCAAAUAUAUUGUUGGAAGCAUUUGGUAAUGCAAAGACUCAGAGAAAUGAGAAUAGCUCACGUUUUGGAAAAUAUAUUACUAUACAGUUCGAUGCUGCCGGUGUACCACUCGGUGGAAAGAUCACACAGUUUCUCUUGGAGAAAUCUAGAAUCCAUUCUAGAGCUGCUGGCGAACGAAAUUUUCAUAUAUUCUACCAGCUGCUGACCAAUCAAUCGUUGGUGGAGCGUUUCAAGCUGAAUAGCGAUCCAGCUACUUACAACUACCUCGGAAAUGACAGUGGUUCCGUAUCGAAAUCGACUGUAAACGAUAGGGAUGGAUUUCAAUCGGUCCUCAACAGUCUCGAAUCACUGGGUUGGAGCACCGAAGAGACUGAUUUCCUCUGGCGUAUACUCUGCGCCGUUCUUCUCAUUGGUAAUCUCGAGUUCGAGGUCGAUACCAACAAGAAUGUUGAUUCCGUGUUCAUUGCAAGCCAAGAUACGCUACUGAGAAUCGCACAGCUUCUGGAAUGCGAUGCGUCGAUGCUGGAGAAAGCGUUGAUCUCACGUUCGCUCACCACCGAAGCUGCAGCAGCUGUUCAUCCAGCUCGUCUUGAAGCAGGAAAACAUCCAAACUACGAGAGCAGCGAGAUGGAACAACAGAAAUUCACGCUGAAACACUACGCCGGACCUGUAACCUACGAUUUGGAACACUUUAUUGCAAAGAAUCGUGACCCUCUCAACCAAGAUAUUCUAGCGACACUUCAACUCAGUAACGAUCCAUACCUCUCAGCUCUAUUUCCAUCCUUGAACUGCUCUGGCAACCGAAAGAUACCGACGAUGGCUGGUCAUCAAUUCAAACAAUCGAUCAACGAACUGAUUGCUUCACUUCAACAAUGUCAACCACAUUAUAUCAGAUGUAUAAAAUCAAACGAUGAAAAACAACCAUCCAAUUUCAAUCAAUCACUCGUUAGAAAUCAAAUUAGAUAUUUAAAUAUUGUAGAAACGGUUAGAGUAAGAAAAGCAGGUUAUUGUCAGAAAUAUCAUUAUACCAAAUUCUUUUCAAGAUAUAAAAUAUGUUGUCCAACAACUUGGAAUCCUAAAUAUGAUAAAUCAGUAAAAGAAGGAUGUAAUGAAAUUAUUAAAUCUAUUUUACCAUCGCAUGAAAGACAAAGCGAGUGUUUCUUUGGUGUAAAGAAGAUCUUUAUAAAGUCAGCUAGAGUUUUGUAUCUAUUUGAGAAGCAGAGACAAGACAAUCUACCAAAGGCUGCCAUUGCAAUACAGAGGGUUUGGCGAGGUUAUCUAGCACGUUGCUGGUUCAAGAAGGAAUUGGAAAAGUUAAAGUUGCAAAAGGAAGAGAUACAACGACAGUUGCUACAGAAGCGAUCGGCUGUGAAGAUCUCUGAGGUGUACUAUAGAUAUAAAAUGCGUUCGCUCAUUGCUAAGCUUGCACCGUGGACACAAGCACCCUACUACAACAAGGGUCGUCAGAUGCCAACACUCUGGCGAGUGAAACGACAGUUUGAUGACUAUCUUGUGCUGAUCCAGCGUGCUUGGUGGGCACAUGUCAAAGUUGCAAAACUCACAGCCGAGCAGCGUUCUCUCAUCCGUCAAAAAGUGUUGGCGCUCGAUCUGUUUGGUGGAGGCGGUACACUACGCAAGAAAGAAUGGGAUCCAAAACGAAGAUUCCUCGCCGACUAUCUAAAUAACGAUUCCAACCCAAAGAAAGCUCAGUAUGUCCAAGCUAUCCAAUCACUUUUCCCAAGUGGAGAUGAUAAAGAAAUUCUUUUCGCUGAUAAUGUUAUUAAAGUAAACAAAAGAGGAAAAUGUCAAUUACGUACUCUAAUUAUUACAGAUCAACAUAUCUAUAAAUAUGAUCCAAAGAAAUACACUAGAAAGAAAGUUGGAUUAAAGAUUCAUUUGAUAGUGGCACUCAGUUCAUCUAGUAAGAGAGAUACUUUCUUGGCAAUUCAUUUCAAACCACCCGUGCGAGAUCUAUUUAUUGACUUGGGAUGUGAUGCUGUAGAGAAGGUGUCAGAGGUAGCAACCAUUCUUGUCCAGCAGGUUUUCAAACUCACAAAGAACACCAUACCACUUUUGUUGAGAGAACCCGUCACCUUUAACAAUUCACGUGACUCUCGUAACUCUGGUACUGAUUGGGUGAUCUCAUUCUCACCAUACGCAAAGAAAGAAACUCAAAGACAAUGUACAUUCACCAAAGGUAAAACCAACGCUGCAAUCGUUUACUACCAAGAAUCAGAAUAA